CAAGCCAUUGGUCAACUUGCGCGCGUGGAAGACAAACCUGACGCUGAGUGACAGGAUCCACUUCAAGAGACGAUGGCUUCAAAGUGCCCUAAAUGCGAAAAGACUGUUUAUUUUGCUGAGAAAGUGUCAUCACUGGGGAAGGAUUGGCACAAGUUCUGUUUGAAGUGUGAGCGCUGCAGUAAGACCCUCACAGCGGGUGGCCAUGCUGAGCAUGAUGGGAAACCAUACUGCCACAAGCCAUGCUAUGCUGCCCUCUUUGGGCCAAAAGGUGUGAACAUUGGGGGUGCAGGCUCAUAUGUGUAUGAGGCUCCCACCAACCCUUCCCCACCUGCAUCCACCGUGGACUCUGCACCCAAACCUCUGGAGAAAUGGGUCCCGGCAUCUUCAAGGCCACCAUCUAAAGCUGGAAACAUCACUACCUUCUCUGGGGAAGCCAACUUGUGUCCCAGAUGCAACAAGAAGGUCUAUUUUGCUGAGAAGGUGACGUCACUGGGGAAGGACUGGCAUCGUCCAUGCCUGCGUUGUGAGAGAUGUAGUAAGACCCUGGCAGCUGGCAGCCACGCAGAGCACGAUGGUCAGCCCUACUGCCAUAAACCAUGUUAUGCUGUCCUCUUCGGCCCAAAAGGUGUAAACACUGGUGGCGUUGGCAGCUACAUCUAUGACAAGGAGCCCAACACGGAGGCCCAGCCUUGAUUUUCAAUCCUUGGGAAGCCCAACUUCACUAUAAUAACAGCCACUACCAGUACCUCACGCACUUUCACAUAUGCCCCACUUUUUGCCUUAUCACGGAUAACCUGUGCCAGCUUGGACCUUUCUGCAGAAAAGUGACGCCACAUACUACAAUCAUGUCUUGAGCUCCAGCUGCACCACUUGACAGUCCCUUGGCCUCUUCUUUUUGGUCUACCCCAAUUCCAACUAUCCCCGAUAAGAGGAAAAUUUGAACUGGUUAAUCAUUUCUGAUUUGUCCUAUGAUUCAUUAAAGGGUACUUUAUUUAAUUGUAUACAGUAUCUUUGUUUGUAUUAUCAUUAAAACGCUGUAUUGUAGCUCCUCUACAAAGGAAAAACUAAGAUCCCUACUUCCACAAUACUGCAUGUACAGUAAGAUGUUUGUGUAAUGUGUGUUCUAGUAGCAGAUAAAACAACACAAGUUCACUGAGGGAGUUUUGUUUUAGGAGCCGUGCUGUUUGAAAUGCCUGCUGACAGAGAGAUGAAUCUCGCCUUAGAGGCUCCAUGCAGGUGCGUUCGGGAGCACAUCAUCAUAAAUCAGAAAAAUAUUCCCAAACCCAGAAUUACUUUUUGGCCAUAUGGCAACAUUCUUAGUUUAAACAUUUUAAGAGAAGGUCUGCAGGAUGUAUGCAGACAGUGAAGUAAAACGGCCAAGCUCUUAUUUUUAAGGGGAGGACAGAUCCUGCUCCCAGAGGGCCACUGUCCUGCAGAGUUUAGCUCCAGUUCUAAUUAAGUACACCUGAACCAGCUAA